AUUCAUCCCCGUGCACCAUAGGCGGCACCGGCUCCAAGAUGUCCAACCGAGUGGUCUGCCGCGAAGCCAGCCACGCCGGGAGCUGGUACACAGCCUCAGGACCACAGCUGAAUGCACAGUUAGAAGGUUGGCUUUCACAAGUACAGUCUACAAAAAGACCUGCUAGAGCCAUUAUUGCACCCCAUGCGGGGUACACAUACUGCGGAUCUUGUGCUGCCCAUGCAUACAAACAAGUAGACCCGUCUAUCACCCGGAGAAUUUUCAUCCUUGGGCCUUCCCAUCAUGUGCCCCUUUCUCGCUGUGCACUUUCCAGUGUGGAUAUUUAUAGGACACCUCUGUAUGACCUUCGUAUUGACCAAAAGAUUUACGGAGAGCUAUGGAAGACAGAAAUGUUUGAACGCAUGUCUCGGCAGACAGAUGAAGAUGAACACAGUAUUGAAAUGCAUUUGCCUUAUACAGCUAAAGCCAUGGAAAGCCAUAAGGAUGAGUUUAUCAUUAUUCCUGUACUGGUUGGAGCUCUGAGUGAGUCAAAAGAACAGGAAUUCGGAAAACUCUUCAGUAAAUAUCUAGCGGAUCCUAGUAAUCUCUUUGUGGUCUCUUCUGAUUUCUGCCAUUGGGGUCAGAGGUUCCGUUACAGUUACUAUGAUGAAUCCCAGGGGGAGAUUUAUAGAUCCAUUGAACAUCUAGAUAAAAUGGGUAUGAGUAUUAUAGAACAAUUAGAUCCUGUGUCUUUUAGCAAUUAUCUGAAGAAAUACCAUAACACUGUAUGUGGAAGACAUCCCAUUGGGGUGUUAUUAAAUGCCAUCACAGAACUCCAGAAGACUGGCAUGAACAUGAGCUUUUCCUUUUUGAAUUAUGCCCAGUCAAGCCAGUGCAGAAGCUGGCAAGACAGUUCAGUGAGUUACGCAGCCGGAGCACUGACGGUCCACUGA